ACUUCAAACAUUAAUGUAUCAUUUUAUAAUUAAGGGAUUUCUUUAAAUAAAAAGGGCAAAAAAGGAGUGGAAAGGACUCUCUCUCUCUCUUUUGCCGUGACUUUCCUUUUAUAAAUUGGUGAAUUUCAUAUUUUAUGGGAAUGAAUCCCACUAGUUAGUAUUUCUCAAAAUAUAAAGAAGCAUUGGAUUUGCAGAGACUUUCCUUCCUUCUUCCUCUCCUCCUUCUCAUUGGACUUUCCUUCAAAUUAUAUAGCCCUAUGCACAAAACGCAUACCUUUCUACGCCGAAUCAGUCAUAGCAUCCAACUACCGCACCUUCUACCUUCUCUCCCCUUUUCUUCUCCUCUUCCUUCUUGGACUUUGAAUUCUAUAAAUAUCUCUCUCCCUCUCUCUGUUUCUUCCUCCAUCCAAGCAGCUCCUCUGUUCCCGAUCCUACCCCUCUCAGAAUCAAUUCCGCACAAGACCCAGAUCUCCAUAACCCAUCUUCUCCCCCAUUCCAAUCUCUCGAUUUUACCUGCGAUCGCCAUGGAAAAACCUAUUACAGCCUUUCUUUUCUCCUCCAUCUUCGCUCUUCUUCUGUUUUCCCCUGCCUCUGCGCAGACCUGCCUAAGCCACACCUUCUCCAACAAUCGCCUGUUCUCCUCCUGCAACGACCUCCCUUACCUGAACUGCUUCCUCCACUGGACCCUCCAGUCCUCCAACAACACCGUGAAUCUCGCUUUCCGGUGUCCCGGCGCCGGAACCACGCAGUGGAUCGCCUGGGCGAUCAACCCCUCGAGUCAAGGCAUGGUGGGGGCGCAGUCGCUGGUCGCUUACGUGAACUCCAGCGGGGCAGCGCACGCCUACACGUCGUCCGUGACCGGGUACGCCACGCAGCUGCAGCAGAGCACACUGAGCUUCGCGGUGCCGAGCAUCGCGGCGGAGUACACCAGUUCAAGCGGCGACUUGACCAUCUUCGCGACGGUACAGCUGUCGACCGGAGCGGCCACGACGGUGAACCAGGUGUGGCAGAAGGGGCCCUUGAGCGGGAACUCUCCUGCGUCUCAUCCCACCUCUGGGGAUAACGUUAGGACCACCGGGACUUUGGAUCUUGCUUCUGGAACCGCCACCGGUGGCGGCGCAGUGAUUCCCAGGCUUCAUAGGAAGAAUGCUCAUGGAAUAGUGAACGCAGUCGGUUGGGGAAUACUGAUGCCAAUAGGAGCAAUGACAGCCAGAUACAUGAAGGUGUUCAAGUCAGCAGACCCUGCCUGGUUUUACCUGCACGUCGCCUGCCAGUGCUCCGCCUACAUAUUGGGCGUUGCAGGCUGGGGCACCGGCAUGAAGCUUGGCAGCGACUCCUCCGGCGUUCAAUACAACCCCCACCGCAACAUCGGCAUUGCUCUCUUCUGCCUCGGAACCCUUCAGGUGUUUGCUCUGCUGCUGAGGCCGAAGAAGGACCACAAGUACAGACUAUACUGGAACAUAUACCAUCACUCGGUCGGAUACUCGGUGAUCAUUCUGAGCGUGAUAAACAUCUACAAGGGGUUUGACAUCUUGGACCCGGAGAAGAAGUGGAAGAGAGCCUACACCGGCAUCAUCAUAGCGCUGGGCGCCAUUGCUGCUGUCUUGGAAGCUUUCACUUGGUUCGUGGUUCUGCAGAGGAAAAGGGCUGAUUCCAACAAGGCCCCUUCGCGCGGGGCUAAUGGUGGAGUUAAUGGAUAUUCUACUUCGAGGUCCACUGGCCAAGACGUAUAAAAGAUAUUUAUAUAUACAGAUUGUAGUUUUUACCUAGAGCAUAGGUUGUGGUUUCUGAUCAGAGGCAUUUUGGUUUGGACCCCUUACGGCAAGGAGGUUGAUUUGUUACUGUUAUUCUUUCUAGUGGUUCGUCACUGGUGGUUAGCUGAGUGAUAUUUAUUUUUGCUCACAGUUUCUUUAGACUUGGUUUUAGGGUAAUUUUUCUUGUUCUGUAUACAUAUUUCUCCUUGUUCUUUUUUUUUUGUCCCCCCUCACUAUAUAUAUGGAUCUCUUGUUCUA